AUGCAUAUCCAGCCAGCAGAAAGCAAGGACAUUGCACAGCUCGCCUCCAUAGGAGCUGCCGCAUUCGCGACAGAAGCUAUAUACGGACACUUUCAUCCACUUCGAGAAUUUUACCCUGAGGACUUUUAUGAUGCGAUUUUCAACACGCUGCGUCGCCUGAUGGUCACUCCAGGGGGAGUAAUCAUGGUUGCUAAGGUCUCCAGAGAUGAACUGAUGCAUGGCACCACAAGUUUGCCUAAAUCUUCUCCACAAGAGAAAAAGAAAAUUGUUGGCUAUUUGACUACCGUACGUUACGGAGCGAAAGAAUCAGUAGCCGUUUGGAAUCCAAAUACGAAGGAAAAGCAACUUCAACGUGAACUCCUAGAUAUCGAAGCAGCCAAGUCGCACAUUCGAUGUGCAGCCCCAGAUGUGAUAAAGGAGUUCAGUGAGGCGGAAGAAACGCUGAUAGGCGAUGUACCCGAGAGAAUCGAGGCACCUUCCUUAGCCAUACUCCCUGAAUUCCAACGAAUGGGUGUCGGGAAACGGCUGAUGGCAUGGGCUCUUGAUCGAGCGAAUGCAGAGCAAGUUCCGAUAUUCGCAGAUGCGUCCACGAAGGGCCUUCCGCUCUACCUUAAGGGGGGAUUUGAGAUUAUUGGGAGGGUCAAGCUUAGGGCUAGAACGGUCCAAGUACCUAAGACUUUACAGGUAAUUGAUGAGAGCAAAGAGGUUUCAUUACCAGAGCUAGAUGUUCCAAUUAUCAAGUAUGGACCAAAGACAGGGGCAAAUAUAGAGAAGCGGCUAAAUUACCACUUAUGA